AUGACCUUGCCUCCUGUCAGGGUAGACAUUCAAUGGUGUAACAAGACCAGACUUGCCAUUGCCAAGACGUAUGUGAUGCUGUUGGUCGGCGACGACGCUCGUGUGCUUUUCAUGACGGGCUUCGGCUUAGCACGAACAAACGGAUCCCUGUGCCGACGAUGGGAUGAUUACGCCAAUGUCUUCGGGCGCCUUAUGUGGUUAAUACUAUCCUGGGACUCAUACCUAGAGUAA